AUGUUUGUGGGAUUUGCAGUUUGGCCCCUGCCUCCCUUAACAUCCAAUCAAUUUUUACUUUUCGCUUUUCUGAAUUUUGCCACAGAUGUUUGUGGGAUUUGCAGUUUGGGCCCUGCCUCCCUUAACAUCCAAUCAGUUUUUACUUUCCGAUCGGAGCCGGAUCCUUCCCCACCGACUCUCUCAUUCAAUAUCUUCCUCUUCCCGAUUGUUCUAAUUUUAACGCAACAGAUAUUCCACCGCCUUAACAUAGCCAAUGUUGCUCAUGCGUCUUCUGGUCAGUUUUUUGACAAUAUGAUCAAUAACAAGGUGAAAUCCGGCUCAAAAAUAUUCCAAAAUUCAGACAAAAAAGAAGAAACUUGA